GAAGACAGCCGCAUGGCUGAUGAACUGUACAAAAAGGUGCGUAUUCUUUGCUGGGUGAUGACUUUCCCCAAGAACUUGAAGACCAAGGCUCAGUAUGCGAAAUCUACGUGGACUUGCCACUGCAACAUUGUAAUCUUCAUGAGCUCUGUGUACGAUCCAGACUUUGCCACAGUGGGUUUGGGUACUGGCGAGGGUCGUAACCAGCUGUACUGGAAAACUAUCCGAGCCUUCCAUUAUGUCUAUGAGCAUCACACCCAUGAGGCCGACUGGUUCCUUAAAGCGGACGACGACACCUAUGUGAUUGUGGAUAACCUACGGUGGAUUCUCGCCAACCACACACCUGAUGAACCCAUUUACUUUGGCCGAAGGUUCAAGAAGGGCUACAUGAGUGGUGGUGCUGGCUAUGUGCUCAGUAAAGAGGCUCUUCAUCGGUUUGUAGAAGGUUUUAAAACCCAAAAGUGCACUCACAAUAUCCCUAUCGAAGACAUGGCAAUGGGGCAGUGCCUGGACAAGGUCGGAGUGCAGUUAGGAGACUCUAGAGACACGAUGCACAGGGAGAUGUUUCAUGUUUUUCCACUCGCACACCACCUCACUGUCAAGUUUCCUCCAACUUGGUGGUAUCUGAACUACUGCUACUAUCCAGUCUCACAGGGACCAAACUGCUGCUCAGACCUUUCGGUGUCUUUCCACUAUACAUCUGCUUUACAGAUGUAUUUAAUGGAGUACUUCACCUAUCACCUGCGUGCGUUUGGCUACAGACACCGUUAUCAGCCCCUAAAGCUUGGUCUUAGCCAUCGUAUACGACGGCGUCUGCCCCAGUGGGUUAAAGAUAUUUAG